AUCUUGUUCUGGUUUUCUCUUUUGACUUCACUUCUCAAAACAGCCCAGAAUAUUGUAGAGAAUACAGAGAGAUUAAAUGCUUUAUCUGAGCAAAUAAUUGAACCCAGUCACGAGAGAAAAUAAUGAACUAAUAAUUUUCCCAGUCAACAAUCAACACCAAGUAAUAGCACUACAAGAUUGAAUUCUCACAUCUACCUUCUGUCAUGAAGAACAGAGAAGGGAAAGGGGGUUUCUCAAUUUGAUGCCCAAGUUGCUGCUAAUCUCGUGCUUUUAGUGAUUUUAUUCAUCUGGGUAUUUGAAUUCUACUUAAAAGUUCAAAUUUUGGCAACUGGGUUUUUUGGUUAGAGAGAAGGGUAAAGUAACUAAGCUAAGGGUUUAUGUUUUUGUUGAUUGAGAAUGGAGAGAUCAGGGUUGGUUCUGAACAUAAGGUGGUGGAGCUUUCACUUAGGGGAGUUUUGAGCUCCUACUUUGGGUUCAAACAUUUGGUUUUAUGUUCUUGGUUAUGUUGAAGUGGGUUUUCAGAUUCUGGGUGUUCUCUGUAUAUGGCUUAAAGGGUUGGUUUUGUUUUUAUGUGAUGGAUUCUGAUUAGCAUUGGAUCGAAAUUUGGUGAUUACUUUUGUGGAUUCUAGAGGUGGUGUUGUGUAUUUUCAUGAAUUAUGAUCAAACAGAUACUAAAGAAGCUUCCUCGGAAGUCGUCUAAGACGACUGAUAAUCAUGAGGUUGGUGGAAACUCUAUCGCCCAUUCAAUUGCCUCUACUGGUUCAAGAAGCAGUGAAUUGGGGAAAAGUAAAGCUGGGAAUUCCAACAUUGUGUCUUCUCAAGGGAUUGAUUCUGCUACAGAUUUGGCACAGAAUUAUGGUAAUAAAAUCCAGCGAGGUAAUUUGAAGCUCAAUGGGAGUUCGAUGCUUUCUUCUUAUGAAGCAUUGCCUGCAUUUAAGGAUGUUACAAACGCAGAGAAGCAGAGCUUGUUUAUAAAAAAGCUUAACUUGUGUUGUGUUGUAUUUGACUUCACUGACCCAACAAAGAACCUCAAAGAAAAGGAGAUCAAGCGCCAGACACUGUUAGAGUUGGUGGAUUAUGUGACUUCUGCAAUUGGAAAGUUUACUGAAACUGUUAUGCUGGAAGUUGUGAAAAUGGUAUCUGCAAAUUUGUUUAGGACACUCACUCCUCAACCACGAGAGAACAAGGUUGCAGAUGGUCUUGAUUUAGAAGAGGAGGAACCUUCGAUGGAUCCUGCAUGGCCUCACUUGCAAAUUGUCUAUGAGUUCUUAUUAAGGUUUGUUGCAUCACCUGAAACAGAUGCAAAAUUGGCCAAAAGAUACAUUUCUCAGUCCUUCAUUGUCAAGUUACUGGAUUUGUUUGACUCUGAAGAUCCUAGAGAGAGAGAAUACUUGAAAACAAUUCUUCACCGCAUAUAUGGAAAAUUUAUGGUACAUCGCCCAUUCAUCAGGAAAGCUAUAAAUAACAUUUUUUUCCGAUUUGUUUUCGAGACUGAGAAGCAUAAUGGAAUUGCUGAGCUUUUAGAAAUUUUGGGCAGUAUAAUUAAUGGGUUUGCUCUGCCACUGAAAGAAGAACACAAAGUAUUUCUAGUUCGGGCUCUGAUUCCCUUGCACAAACCAAAAUGCUUAGCAAUGUACCAUCAGCAGUUAGCUUACUGCAUAACACAGUUUGUGGAGAAAGAUUGCAAGCUUGCAGAUACUGUGAUCAGGGGUUUAUUGAAGUUCUGGCCUGUGACAAAUAGUUCAAAGGAAGUCAUGUUCCUGAAUGAGUUGGAGGAAGUUUUAGAAGCUACCCAGCCACCAGAGUUCCAGCGGUGUAUGGUGCCCUUGUUUCAGCGAAUUGCUCGUUGUUUGAACAGUUUGCACUUUCAGGUUGCGGAGAGAGCUUUGUUCUUGUGGAACAACGAUCACAUUGAGAACUUGAUUAUACAAAAUCGUAAGGUUAUACUGCCCAUUAUCUUCCCUGCCCUGGAGAAAAAUGCUAAAAAUCAUUGGAAUCAGGCUGUCCACAGUUUGACUUUGAAUGUCCGCAAGAUUUUCUAUGAUAUUGAUCCAGAGCUGUUCAAGGAGUGCUUACUUAAGUUUCAGGAGAAUGAAUCAAAGGAAAAUGAGAUUGAAGCAAGACGUGAAGCCACAUGGAAACGUUUAGAAGAACUUGCUGAAGAGAAAGGUGCAAGUGAUCAGACAGUGCUUGUUCCCGAAAAAGCACAUCCUUCCCCCUCUUCAGGUUAGGGAGGGAGACAUAUUUGUUGAUAGUUCCAAUGUCUCAUAAUUUUUUUAUUUAUGUGGUAAAAUCGUUCAGGUGGUAUGUUCAUACAUUGUUAAUUUUUAUAUCAUACCCUAUUAAAAUCCAAGAUAUGAUGGAUGGAUUCUGGCCUAUAACCAAGGCCCAAUAAACAUUUUGGUGAGAUUGAUCCUUUAAUCUUAGCUUUUACGGUUUUACCUUGCAUAUCAGUUUAAAUAAAUGACAGUGUGAUACCACCUAUUAGAAAGCUAAAAAUGCAUUAGUAGCACAAAGAGGAACAAAAUAAUAAAAAAUUAUAAAUCUUAACCAGCAGGUACAAUGCUUAGAUACAUUGUAGUAGAUCUAUAUUCAUUGGUAGUUACCUUCUGUUCUCUUUAUUCCUCUGUUUGUACUAAAGAAUUUGUGUAGAAGAUUAAAAUUGUGAAAAGAAAUUUUUCUAGGGUUAGUACUGCCUUCCCUGUUCCCCAUCACCAGUGCAUGACAAUUUUUCACACCUGGGUGGGGGAGUCUGUCAAUUCGUAAACAGAGUUCUUUGUAUUCCUCUGAUAGUGCAAUGAAAUUGCAACAGAAGAAGCUUAAGACAAAAGGAUCAAGUUUGCUAGAUGCUUAUUGAGCUGACCUUAUAGGCCACAGACUC